AUGGAGAAGCUAUCGGAGCCGUCUUGGACUUCUUCGUACACCUACCAGGUGAGCAAGCACAGUGCGGAGAUGCUACACAACCUCGACGUCCAGAGGAAAGAUGGAGGCAGGUUCUGCGACGUGAUCCUGCGCGUCGGCGAGGAGAGCUUCCCCGCGCACAAGGCUGUGUUGGCGGCGUGUAGCGAGUAUUUCGAGUCCAUGUUUGGCCGCCAGCCGGAGGACGGCGACGCCAGGGAGCUGGAGAUGCACACGAUCAGCCCCAAAGUUUUCAAAGACAUCUUGGACUUUGCGUACACGUCAAGGAUCGUGGUGCGGCUCGAGUGCUUCCCGGAGUUGAUGACAGCCGCUAAGUUUCUACUGAUGCGCUCCGUCAUCGAGAUCUGCCAGGAGGUCAUCAAACAAUCUAAUGUGCAAAUCCUCGUCCCGUCGUCGCGGGGAGCAAACGCCAGCCUUUUCCAGGCGGCCGGGUCCGCGGAACUGGGCUUCUCGGUGGCCCAACAGCAGGAUUUGGUAAACGGGACGGCGCUGGUAGGCUUUGCUAACAAUGGACAUCAGGUGGAUGGGAGCGAAGCCGCGGCGGCCGCAGCCGUUUUGCUGGAGGACGCCGCCGAGGGAUCGAUGCCCAUUUUGCAACCCGUCCAAGGUCUGCCCAUGUCGCCAGAAACGACGACGUUACAUCACGACGCCGUUUCGAAAAGGGGCAGGGGGCGACCCAAGAAAGCCGGCGCCCCGGAAGAGCCCCUACACUUUAAUCACAACGCGCAGAAAAACAUCGUGCUUUUUCCUUGCGGCGCUUGCGGCAAAGCCUUUACUGAAGCCUCCCGACUGAAGAACCACGAGGCCCAACACGGAGCCACUAUCGGGGGCCGUUCGACGCAGAGCGGCAUGGCCCUGUUGGCACAAGAGAACGACGAUCAGUUCCACGGAGGGCUGGGGAUGGACAACGGCCGCAAGCGCGAGCGGACCCGGCGACACGUCGGCUGUGACAUUUGCGGCAAAGUGUUCCGCGACGUGUACCACCUGAAUCGGCACAAGCUGUCCCACUCCGGGGAGAAGCCGUACGCGUGUCAUGUGUGCGGUCUGCGUUUCAAACGUAAAGAUCGGAUGUCCUAUCACGUGCGUUCUCACGACGGCUCCGUGGGAAAACCGUACGUUUGUCAAAGCUGUGGCAAAGGAUUCUCUAGACCAGAUCACCUGAAUGGGCAUAUCAAACAAGUCCAUACAACAGAGAGACCCCACAAGUGCCAGAUUUGUAAUGCCUCUUUUGCUACAAGAGAUCGCCUCAGGUCACACCUCGCAUGUCAUGAGGACAAAAUUCCCUGCAAAGUUUGUGGGAAGUUCCUCCGAGCAGCUUAUAUGUCAGACCACCUCAAGAAACACAGCGAAGGAACACAUAACUACUGCGGCAUCUGCAACAAAGAUGGACAGGAAAAUGACGGCAAAUGUCCUCACCUGGAGUCUGAAGAAUCGGAUCCUUCAUUUGGGGAACUUUCCAACUGUGACGAAAUGAAAUCCCCACCCAAAUCAGACAGGCCGGAGCUGGAGCUGCCCUCGCUGGCCUGCAAUGGAACCUCUGUGAGGGCACUGGGCUCUCCUGAGGGUCCCAAAGCUAAGACAGAACCCGAGAAGAAAUUCAACUGCGGCAUCUGCGGUCAGGCCUUCCGCACCAAGUCCUACCUCAGGAAACACCAGCACAGAGUGCACAAAACGCCCAGGGCUCAGGCCGGGUCUGGAUCUGGUUUAAGCGAGCUGGCUCCCUUCUCGCCGCAGCAGAGCAUGUCUCUGCUGGAGUCCUUCGGUUUCCAGAUAGUCCAAUCGGCCUUCGCCUCCUCACUGGUGGACGCGGAUGCGGGUCAAAGCGGGCUGGACUUUGGAGGGAAGUGA